CAGAAAGACUGCGUGGUAGGCCUGUAGGUAGGCCCUAUUUUGGUCCUCUAGAUCAGGCUACAAACUAUUGACUCGAGGACUGCAACAAGUAGGUAGUUCACUACAUGCACACAGUUCAAUGUGCAGUUACUCACGAUCAGCUGUGAGUUUAAGUGCCCAUGCAGAGCCGAGAAGUGUCGGGAACUGUGUCAGCGGUGUAAGCUUGUUAUCAUGGCUAAUUGGGUCAACUUCCAGUUGUGCAUUUUAACUGUUUUCUCUAGUGCGUGUGCACUUGUGAGUCCACCAAAAGAACUACCAGUGAGUUUAAUGACUUCUUGUUCAGCUUCAGUAGAAGGAUAUGGAAUCGUUAAUUUAACGCCUUUGGACAACAUUAAAGAAGAUUCGUCAAAAAGACCGAGAUUCUACAUCAUAUACAAAGAUCCAGGUGACGUUUACAGAAUCACGUAUAACUAUACAUUUAACCCCUGUAGCCACUUUAAUGAACCAGAGGAUCCUCAUCAAGUCGAUGGAUUUGGAGACGAAUGUAUCCAUGUAGCUUUGUGCAAGUUCAAUAACGACGUCAAAAGAUAUUAUUACUAUCCAUAUGGAUUACAGAAAUCUGCCAGGUUUUCAGCAAAUGUUUUGGAAAAUGAAUCCGACUCUGCCGAAGUUUAUCUUUCCUACACAGGAAGUGGAUCUGUGUCCAUGAAAAAGACGACCAUUAAGCUAAUGUGUAAUAGAUCAUUAGUCGAUCCUGAAGAUGCAAUCUUUUCUAUCCAGAAGGAUGAUGAACGGUUGGGCAUUUCUGCAGAACUCCACCAUCUGUGCUGCUGUCCAAACGCCUGUGUAAAUGGCCUACCAUCAGAACUGCCGCCAGAUUCUCCUAAGGCAGACAUUUCUAAACUCUUGGUGAUUGUAAUAGUCAACCUGGGGGUCUUACUACUGGCCAGUGGUGUCGGUGUCAUGUGUUAUGUGAAGCGAACGCACCUUCAGUUCUAUUCCAAACUACCAGGUAUACAACAGCCGGCUAUUAUUCAGUACCAGUUGGGUAGUAUUGAACAGAAAAUGGACGGCAGGAUAUCUGAUGGAGCCCGACCCUCAGCCUUCCGCGACUAUGAACUAGACAGUUCCAAAGCGGAGAAGAAGUUCCUCAUCCCAGUAUUGGACGACUGUGUUAUUCCAAGUCAGGAAUUAGAAUUGGCUCAGAGACUUGGAGGGGGUAUCUAUGGGGACACACAUGUUGGACAUUUGAAUGGUACCAGGGUUGCUGUCAGUCGAAUUACAAUCAAUAUCCAUGCUAACCAAGUCAAUUCAGAGGUGCUGACAUUUCUGAGGGAGGAAGUCUGGUUCUUGAGUCGUCAGCGACAUCGUAACAUUGUGUCGAUGAUGGGUCUGUGUGUUGACAACAAACUGCCGUACAUCAUUUCCGAGUUUGUACAUGGAGAGAGUGUGAAGUAUUUUAUACAGCAUCGAGGCACCUCUCUCACCUGGCCACUCAGGAUCAAAAUCUGUCUACAGACCUCUGAUGGUAUGGCAUACCUUCACUCUACAAAACCAACCAUCUUACACAGAGACCUGCGCUGUGCAAAUAUUUUUAUUACUGAUAAAAGUAUUGUCAAGGUUGGAGAUUUUGGCCUAAUCAAACUUAUACAACCAUUCCGGGAGGCGUGUAAGGCGGAGGACUGUUGCUGUCAGCGUCACCACAGUGCUUGUCCGAUGUCAGUACGAUGGACCGCCCCGGAGGUGCUACAAAAUCCAGCGUCCAAGGAAGCUGAAGGAUUCAUUACAACAAGUUCGGACGUGUUCUCCUUCGGGAUGAUCCUGUUGGAACUUAUCACCAGGGAGGAUCCGUUCGAUGAAGUGGAAUCAGAACAACAGGUGUCUGAUCUGAUACAGGAAGGGGCCGAGCCAGAACUUCCUCAGGACGUACAGAUACUGCCACAGUAUACAACUCUAAUGCAGCAGUGCUGGAACAGCCAGCCCGAACAUAGACCCUCAUUUAAACAGGUUGCCACGAGAUUAAAAGAGCUGAUUCCACAAGCAAGAAACUUCCAGAAAGCUCUCAACACCAAUGACAAAACCCAGAAACCUGUAACACCGACGAGUGUGGUCUGAAGUUAAUAAGAAACUUUCAGAAAGUUCUCAACACCAGAAAACAAAAUCCAGAAACCUCAUCACCAGCGAGUGUUGUCUGAAUGUAACAGAGCACAUGAUUAUAUCAAUCUAAAUCACUGUAUUUUGGUAGGUGAUUUCAGUGCCAUUCAAUUGUUGAAAUAUUUUGUUAAUACAAAUGUAUUGUAUGUGUGCCCAUAUAUAAACGUACCACCUUCAUAGUCAGCCAUACCAGUAACACUGCCUAAUAUCGGCAAAUUGUUACUGUUUUACCAAAUUUAGCAACCAAACUCCCAAUUUAAUGUUUUGAAGAUUGAAGAUUGCGUGGUGCUUGGAAUUAUUUACCAUAAUUUUUUUUUCUUUUUGCAAUUUCUCGCUUAUGUCAUAAAAAUUCCCAAUUUUGUCCAUAUGGUAAUUUCCCAAAUUGACCAGGAAAAACAUGGCAUAUAUAACUAAUAGAUAGCGAGUCUUCAAACUCCAAGGGUUCCACUUUUGGAUAUACACAUUUUGACGAAGUCUCAAGUCUCGGGUGCCUAUUGUGAUCGCCUUUUGUACGGCACUGUGUGUCUUCUGUUGUUUACAGUUCACAUUUUAGACUUUUACUCCAAAACCAAAUAAUAAUAGCCAAAUGAUAUCUUCUCAAUAACAAAGCGGCCAGGGUCAUGAUAUUGAGCCAGUAACAUGCUUGGAUGAAGGGCAACAAAAUUUGUUCAAAUGAAUGACCUUAACCUACUUUCAAGGUCACAGGGCUGAGACGUGGUUAAUGUUGGCUUAAACGGAAAAGCAUCUGUCAGUGUACACAUCCAAACUCAGGUGGCCAUUAAGGCUCCUGGGUGGCUUUGUUUUCGCAAUUGAUCGGGGAAUCAAACGCAAGCCACUUAAACGUAAUGCAAUCCUUAGAUUCACAAGGUGCUAAGUCAUAGUUUUAUACUGCUAAAUAUCUGGUACAUAUCAGCAAGAAAAAUAAUUGCAAUUUACAAAAUUUGAUUUAUUAUUGUGAUAAGGAUUUGUGAAUGAUUUAGUAAUCAACUGGGCGGUUGACAUUGCGCCAUCAAACAGAAUAUGACCACAUGGCUGGGAUCCUAGGUGGAAUCUAGAUCAUAUUGUCUGGAAAGUGUGAUAAACUAUACACAUGUCUUUCUUUCUUGAAUGUGAAGUGCCUUGGAAUAAUUAUAAAUGAAAUAUAUUUCUAUAUAUAUUUUUAUACAUUAAGAAAACUGGUAGUAUAAUUGUAUUUGUUUAAAACUAAUCAUAACUGUUGUCAAAUGUAGCAUGUGAAUUCAUAUGUAUGUUAAACAUAUACAAUCGAGCGUUGUUAUCUCAAUGUCAAUGGUGUAAUGAAAACACUAACAUCCUAAGUAUUUGAGAUAACCGAGUACAUGUAUAUUUUCCGUAGAAUUUUUACCGUUGGAACUGAAUUUUUACUUUACGUUAAACAGAGUAUUUGAGUUAUCAGAGUCCGAGGUAAUGAAGUUAGACUGAGAUGAUAAAGUUAGACUGAGAUGAUGAAGUUAGACUGAGAUGAUGAAGUUAGACUGAGAUGAUAAAGUUAGACUGAGAUGAUGAAGUUAGACUGAGAUGAUGAAGUUAGACUGAGAUGAUGAAGUUAGACUGAGAUGAUGAAGUUAGACUGAGGUAAUGAAGUUAGACUGAGAUGAUGAAGUUAAACUGUAUAUAUAUUUGUAUUACUCCUUCCUGUUACAUAUGUAAAUAUUAUAUUUCUUGUAAAUGAUCAUUUAUUCUGCUAUGUUCCGGUGCCUUUGUUCCCUUUCUUUUGUUUGUACUUAAUGCACCGUAAAUAUUCGUGUAUGGUGUGUACUCGUGUAUAGUGUGUACUCGUGUAUAGUGUGUACUCGUGUAUAGUGUGUACUCGGGUAU